AUGCAUUCGUCCUUUCACUCUAUCGCUUUUCUCAGAACAUCCUUUCCGUCUCCAUUUCUAGCCCGAUUGCUCUCAUGCUGUUCCAUCUCCCUGUCUGCGGCCAAGUCUGAGGAUCUGUACGAGUAUACGAGCGGAAAGUGGCUCUGGAACGAUGCCUUCAGACAUGCUGAACGCAGACGGACUUUCAAUCCUGCCGGCUUGAAGGAACUUGCCGCUGCGGCGGUAGAUCGGCCCUCGCAAGACGUUACACGUUUCGAAAAGCUGGCCGAGGGUGGUUUCGAUCGCACAUUUCUCGUGUCCAUGCGCGAUGGUUUCCAACUGGUUGCACGUAUCCCAUAUUCAAUUACGGAGCCUCAGAAUCUUCUCAUCGCAAGCGAAGUGGCUACGAUGGACUAUCUUCGCGCUCGUGAUAUUCCUGUGCCUAAAGUCUAUGGCUACUCGACAGAUGCGGAAAAUCUUGCAGGAACUGAAUACAUUAUCAUGGAGGCUAUGCGUGGAAAGAAUCUGGGAGACCUUUGGUACCAGCUUGGUGAGAAGGCUAGAAUCGCGGUGGUCGAGAGGCUCGUAGAGCUUGAGUCACGAUUGUUCUCUCUGGACUUUCCCGCCAGUGGAAGCCUUUUCCACACGAGUGAUCUAGGAUCUCAAUGGGAUCAGGUACCGAUCCCAUUGGAGGAUUCUAAAUGUACAGACACUUUCAGUAUUGGGCCUGAUCUAACCUUGAGUAUGUGGUACGGCAGACGACAGGACCUGGAUGUAUCUCGGGGACCUUAUAGGGAUGUGCAAGAGAUGCUGGCCGCUGGAGCUCGCAAGGAAAUCACCUACCUCGAGAAACACGGACGUCCACUUCAUCCGCUGCAACGCCUUCGUCGAGAAUGUUUCGACUUUCAACGACAAUCUCACUCCGAACAUGCAGACCUGUUGAGGGACUAUCUACUGACAGUCGAGAGCAUCGCACCGCGAAACGAUCCAGCAAUCACGCAGCCCAAGCUAAGGCACCCGGAUCUUCAGCCAAACAACAUAUUCGUUUCGGAUAAUCUGGAGAUUACGGGACUGAUCGACUGGCAGCAUUCCACUAUACUUCCACUUUUCCUACAAGGCGGUAUACCUGGUAGUCUCCAGAACUAUGGUGACGAAGUGUCAGAGUCGCUGGAAAUGCCCAUCUUGCCGGACGAAUUCGACGACCUUGAUGAGAACUCGCAAAUGAGAGAAGUCGAACUUCUCCGAAAGCGACAGCUUCACUACCACUACGUCCAGAAUACCAUGAACUCAGGCUCUCCCCACAGUAAAGUCCUGACUGAUCCACUAUGCGUCUUACGCCGGAAGCUUUUGUCGCGCGCAGGUCAACCCUGGGAAGGCGAUAAUGUAACAUUAAAGGCCGAUCUCAUUGAAUUUGCAAAGGCAUGGCCCUUAUUCGCUCCUUCUCAACCUGGAACUUCAGUUUCGGACUGCCCCAUCAGAUACACAGAGGCAGAACAACAAGAAUGCGCUGAUCUAGAGACUGCACUGGAAGAAGCCGAUUCUCAAUUCAGAACUUGCUUGAAUUUGGUUGGAGCGGGACCUGAAGGUUGGGUGCCUUUGGAAAUUUAUGACGAAGCACAGGCACGCGCCGAGCAGUUAUUGAUAGACACGCUCGAACAUGCGGAGUCUGAUGGGGAAAGGGAAGAAAUUCGAGAACAUUGGAUCUUUGCUGAUUUUGAUGAGACUGAGUAUUACUAG